AAGACGUCUGUGGAACGUCUUCGAAGCACCGUCAAACUCAUCAGUUACGGAUAUGGGAAGGCCAUAACGUCCACGAAGAUCCGAAGAACGCCGAAUCGUACGAAAUCGAAAAACGGGAAGUGAUUAUCACGGUCAACAACUUCAUUACAAAGUUGUACGUUGACAGUCAACGGUUCAAAAAAAAGCUUGAUGACAAUACGGCCGGGGAAAAAUAUGAGGAGAUGGAGGAUUUAAUGGACCGAGUAGAAAUAGCUCAAGAUUUAAUUACCAGACUCAGACAGUUGCUAACGAUGGAGAAAACCGACUCGGUAAUGGACCAUUCGUUGAACAGGACGAGGUUUUUCAAAAUGGACGACGACUAUAAAACCCAAAACGAAGAGCGAGAAAACGUUCGACAAAAAGCGUUGGUCGAGAAAAGGAGAAGGGUGCAGUUAUUUAGUGAAACCAUCGACUUUAUCACCGAAAGAUAUAAUUCAGUGGUCGAAACGAUAAAUGCCCCGAAUGAUUACAAGUUUCUAGACGAGUUCAAGACGAAUACAAUACCUCUGGAAUUGAAAAAAAACAUGACAAAAAAGAAAAGAGAUACGAAGGUAAGAAUGUAACAAUGAAUUGUUCGAGUAAAAACUUGUAAUCAAAUUUACGAAAACCUUUACGGACUUUACAAUUUUUAAACUCUAAAGACCCAGCUGUAUAUACGUAACAUGGUACAACUUUUUUAUGAAAA